GGCCAAGAUGGCGGCGGCGGGAAAGGCGGCUGAGGACCCCUUAAGCGAGGCCUCCAUAGCUUCCUGCUUUGAGUGAUGCUUGGAACUCAUCCACUACCAAACCCCGGUUGGAUUCUCAACCCUGCCCAGAGGAUGACCGAGGACAUAAGCAGCCGCGGGCGGUCUGCUUCCUGAUGGCGCCCGGCGCAUUGUUGGGGAUGGCAGCGGAGACGGACAGGGCCCACGCCCUCCUCCAGACUUUCAGCUCGGCUUCCGUGGUCUCCGGCCUCGGGUUGGGGGCUUUCUGCUUUGUGGCCGACAGGCUGCUUCAGCUGUCCGUCGUCCAGCAGCACGACUGGCUCCGAGCCCUGGCGGAUAACACCGUGCACGGGGCCGUGGGGAUGUGGUCCUGGGCCAUCGUCAUCGGACUCAGGAAGAAGAAUGACUUCGGGGAAGUCCUCCUGGCCGGAUUUUUAGCCUCCGUCAUUGACGUGGACCACUUUUUCCUGGCUGGUUCCCUCUCCCUAAAGGCUGCUCUGAAUCUUCCACAGAGACCUUUUCUUCACUGUUCUACUGUGAUCCCUGUAGUGGCGCUGACACUGAAGUUCAUUAUGCACCUUUUCAGGCUCAAAGACUCCUGGUGCUUUCUUCCCUGGAUGCUGUUUCUGUCCUGGACUUCUCAUCACGUCCGCGAUGGGAUUCGUCACGGCCUGUGGAUCUGCCCCUUCGGAAAGACCGCUCCCUUGCCUUACUGGCUGUACGUGACGAUCACGGCCUCCUCCCCGCAUCUCUGCUCCUUUGUCAUGUAUCUGACGGGGACCAGAGAGAUGAUGUCUAUAAAACACGGGAUUCACAUUGAUGUCUAGGGGAAUCGGACGGAGGUUGUAGAAGACCGGGUGUCUUAAAUGUGAAUUGUUAGGGGCGUUGAGCGCUGGGAUGGAUGCAGAAACAUUUGUCCCUUCUGAAAUAGCCACUAUCUACUCCAGUGUUGAGUCCCGUCAAGCCCUAAAUCAUCUUGCCCAAAAGAUUGAUGGUUUUACCACUACUUUUCUGUUCAGACAUAUCCAAGGGUGAAGUGGCUGUUUCAUUUCUGUCCACGUCUGAUUUUAAACACUUUCCCUUUCUCUCCCCUCUGCUUUCUUUGCUCAAGUAACCUGCCAGUAUUUAACUUCACUUUCAAGGAAAUGCAGUGGAAGAGCCCAUUUCCUUCUAGGAGGCGUUUUCAAUCCUGUUUCCCUGAAUCGGAAUGACUGAAACAAACACUAUCAUACAUCAGCCUAUUUAGGACAAAGAGUCAGAGUAAUUGACAUUUCAGGGACUGCUAAUAGGACGCUGUUUAUUCCAUGUGCCGCCUUUGCCUGGAAGUCACCUUGCCAAACAAAAUCUGAUGGCGGGGGAACAAAGGAUGGGAAAAUUUCCUUCGAGAUUUUUCUGACGGAGUGUUCGUUGAUGCAGAAGGUCAUUUGUGGCAAAAACAUGCUAAGGAUAUCAUCUAACUUUGGAAUUAAUAUCAGUAUCUCAGAAAAUCCUCAUUCAGUAAAUUACCCUUAAUCCUAGAAAUUUCAUGUUAGCAUUUUAGCAGCGUAGUCUUUACAUAGCCCCUUUUCCCCCAGGAGCUCAAGUACUGAAAUUUUAAAUGGUACUGUAUUACUAUCACUGCACUGUUUACAAAAUAAUCAAGGACAAAUCAUAGGGCCGGGUCUAGUUCUCUGAUAUUUGUUCCACAAACAUACCAUCGACAACAAUUUAAAAUGUAAGGAACAAUUAAAAAUGUAAGACUGUGAUCGUUCAAGGUGCCAUCAUCCCUGUUUAAAGUAUUUUCCCAAGUGGCCAGUUAGAAUGAUUAAAACAAAGUGGUUGCUAUUUGAAAAGCCAAAGAAUGUGUGGCAUUCGCGUUUUAGGUAACUUGGCUUUCCUGUUCUUUGAUAAAUGAAAGUAAAUUCACACCAAAAGCUACUGAUGUGUGAGAAAAAUGAACAGUAUUUACACAAAUUUUAAGUUUGCCUUACUGGAUUAACAAAUACUUCGGUCUCACCCCUGUACGACCUCUUGUCAUCAGAAGUCAUCAGCAUUUUUAGGGUUAUCGACCCGUGUUCUUUUAAUUUAAUGACUCAAAAUACAAAUGACUGUGUGCCUUAAUCUGUGAUAAAUUACUGAUAAUUCAGAGAGUAAUGUCUUCUCCAAAGUACAGUAGAUUUCUUUUUAUAUUUAGUACUGAAUUAGAGGGAAUUCACUGAAUUGUCAGAGGCCCAAGCCUUGAUCAACCCAUUAGAACCAUUGGCUAAAGGCACUUUCUUUUGAAACUGGAUUCAACAUACCUCGAGGAAUGUAUUGGUGCAGAGUUGCGAGACUGUUUAAAUAUUAAAUACCAAAAUUUCCUCUCCAGAUUAGCGUAUGUUUGGUUGCAACGCUUAAGAACCAGAACUGUGGUAAAUAACUUCUGAUCCGGCUCAUUAAAACAAUUGGAGAAUCUUUUCUGAUUUUUGUAGCAGUCACACUGUAUAGAUUUUUAGCAUUCCCUUUCUUUUGUUCUGCAAAGCACAGAACAGAGCAAAAUAGGCAUUAAAUUGUGCUGGAACAUUGACUUUUGUCUCUGUUCAGACUUUGCAACUUCAAAUUGUCAGACUGGACCUGGAUGGAAAUGAGAUUAAGUUUCAACAAUGUUAAUUUCAUUGCAACAGAUGGCAUUAAAAUGUUUGGCCAAGUAA